AUGCCGUCCACCCGCCCGUCCACGAUCUCGUCUUCUCGGAGUCGAGCAAGCAGCAAUCCCGAAAGGGGGGACCUGCGACGAGAAAAAGCCGGAGAGGCAUCUGCCACGACUGCUGGGAUUCCAGACGUCCCACCCCUUCCCACAAUACCGCCUCCAGCAUGGGCGCCCGCUCUCCACCAUACCCCGUUGAGUGCCGACCCGACACUUCGAGCACUCAGCACCGGAGCUGCUUCACGGCCGUCGUUGCCGCACUCGAGAUCGUCGCCAGAUCUGCUUGUCCAGCCACUAAACAUCAAGAAGCGCGAGUCGUCUGCACCUACGUUGUCGGCUGCGACACCAGCGACGGACAACAAUGCAGAAACGAAAACGGCCAGACAACCAUCACCGAGAAAGCAAUCUGCACCACCCAUGCCAUCAGGACCGCCACCACCACCGCCGCCGCCGCCACCACCGCCACCAGUAUUCACUGCUCAACCCCAGCCAGGAACGUCUGCAACUCCCAUCAUACCAACGCGAGCACCAGGCCACUCAGUGGCGCCAGUCAUAGCACGAGCACAGACCGGCACAAGCAUCACCAGCCACUCCACCUCGUCAUCGACAACUCCUCCCUCUUCUGGUUCCAGCAGUCUCCGCCGACCGAAUCCCAUCCGCUACCGACACUACUACCACAACCAGCCAUACAAUGGCGCCGGACUGUCACAGACACAGUUGCCCCUGCAACAGUACCAACAUCAGCGCAAACCCAAGUGUGUAUUCGGCAAGCAGCUACGGGACACGGACAUCGACCAUGACCAGGGGUAG